AAGGAGCGUCGCAGAGCAGUUUCCGAUUUCCAUCUCUCUCUCUCUCUCUCUUCCUCCGAUUAAGGGAUUAGGGUUUUUAUUUCUGAUAGUACAUUACUCUCUCUCUGUGCGAGUGCGUCGGUGUGCUUUUUUUCUUUUUUUUUGGAUUGAAGAUAGUCAUGGUUGCUGAUUCCAUCACCGGCUCUGAGCUAUUUCAUGGGUCUCCGAUUUCUAGAGAUUCGGCCAAGAAACGGAAGGAGAAUUGGUUUUGGAAGCUGAGACAGUGGAAGAUUGAUGCUCAUCGCAGGCAAUGUAUUUAUCACUGGAAGAGAGCAAACGUAGGUGGAGAGGAAAACAGCUCUACACUGAGAUCUCUGCGUGACAAACUGGCUGAUAGAAGAACAGCCAGCGACAGGUUUUCUCACCUUCAGGCUUCGAGGAUUGAUCAUGAACGAGGGAGCUUCGAGUUCACCAGAUGCGAUGAUGAUGAUGAUGAUAACGACGAAGAUGUGGAAAGAGAAUCGUCUGCUAGUAGCCCCACGAGUGUCCUCAAGAACAAAGAUUCCGGUAGUAACAAGAGCCAGGACGACUGCUUCUGUUGUUCUAAGCAGAUCACAGAGGAAGAGGAAGAAGCUUUCAAUGAUGCAUAUGAAAACUGGGAACACUUUAGCGAUGCGUUAAACUUCUUUGAGAACGACGUGCCUUCACAUGAGACAACAGCUCUACAGCAGCAAGAAGAAGAUCCGAAUCCAAGUACAAGCCAGAGGAGGAACAGUUACUCUUCUCCUGCAAAUUCUUUUCAUAAAAACCAGGGCAAGCAAGAAGCUUCACCAAGAAAACCGAUUCAGAACAACAGGAGAAAGAAGAACAAGUCUGAUCAGCAGAGAGAAUGUGAUGAUGAUGAGAUUAGUGAAUGUCCUAUUUGCUCCGAAGAGAUGGAUGCAACGGAUCUAAGUUUCUUGCCAUGUCCUUGUGGGUUUCGGCUGUGUCUCUUCUGCCAUAAUAAGAUCAACGAAAACGAUGGACGUUGCCCAGCUUGCAGGGAAAAGUAUGAGAAGACAAGUAGUAAUAGUGGGGAAGUAAGUUUCCAGCAACGUGGUCGUGCCCCGGUUCGUUUGUCUCCAUCGUUUAAGGGACUUGACAGAGCCUAAAGAGAGAAAGAAGCUUUUUUUGUUUGGUUGCCUCAAUUCUACCAGGAACAUAACAUUUUUGUUGGUUUUUUGUUUAGAUUGUCAUCUCGGCAAUAAAAAUAUCAUUCAUGCUUACUUUGUGAAUCAGAUAUACAUAAAAAAAAACAAAGCCAAAGUUACUCUUUGAUUUAAUAAUGCAUCAAUCAAUCACUAUUCUUGAAGAAAAAGCUGUAUUUCAUGAUGCCACAAACAUCUCUCACAGAAGGAAGAAGAAGUAACCAUGUCCAUGUCCUCAUCAAAACCAUUCUUUGCUAAGAAUAUCUCUGUUUGACCAUUGCAAUUGCAAUUCUCGCGGACGUAGACUCUUUUGAGCUGACUCAUCAACGGUUUGCCCCGCCACAAGAUGUGACGUCGAAUAUUUUGUCGAAGUUCUGCAAUCUCCUGAAUCGUGCUUGACAUCGAAGGCUUUAUUAAAGAGGACAAAAUCUUGAAACCCUUUUGUUUAGUGACUUUGUUCAUCCCGAUCUAGAUGAAAGCAAUCGAUGAGACCUUGACGGUAUAAAGCCUCCGGGUUUACAUUGCGUAGACAUGUCCGGAAAAAUUUUGAAAAAUUUUCACGGUUACGUUUGUGCUGAUGCCAUGGGAAAAGAGGAAAUUUAUGGAGAGGGAGCUGGCGAAGAACGUAUGCAUCGUUGCAAAGGCGUUGAAACGGUUUUGAAACUAGUUGGAGACUGCGAAACUCAGAUAAAGAAGAAGCGGAAACACAUGCAAAGAUCUCUACAACAAGAAGGUCGUUUGGUAGAGAGUUUAUAGAAAUUGUUCUUGUUUUCUGAGAUUUCUUGGAAGACAAUGAAGAUACCAUGUUUUGAGGUGGAAAGUAAUUUGCGUCUCUCGAAAUUAUUGUUGUGUGAGGUUUUUUUUUUUUUUUUUUAUAUAGAAGAAUGUUUUAGAUUUCC